GUAGGAGACACUUACAACUUUGUGUGCUUUGUUGACUGCACCCCCUCCUGUAACUUUACCUGGACAUUCAAUGGAAAGAUCUUCAAUGGUGACGAGAUCCAGUUGCCAAUCUUCCAUAAGGGUGAUAAGCCCAUGGUUGGCAGUAAACUGGUGGUUACUGUUGAUGAUUACAGGCACAAUGAGGCACUGACGUGUGAGGCCAAGAAUGUUGCCUCAGGGGUCACUGCUGUUAGCACCAAGGUCCUCAGCGUCACUGGUAAAGUCAGAGUUUUUAUGACAAAAGAUUUGUCACAAGUCAAUAUUUAGAAUCGGAUGUUUGGAGGUGACAGUCCAACAUUUUGUAAAAGCCAACUCAAAGUAUUUAUCUUGGUAUCUCUCUGAAAAUAAAAUGUUCCUCGUUCUUUCUGUCCUCUUCACCUCUUUUCCACUCCCGUCUUCCAGAUCCUAUCUCUAUACAGCCGGUGUCCCAGGACAAGCCCUUGGCACACCAGCCCUUCUCACUGCAGUGUGUGGGCUCUCAGAAUCCAGCCUCCAUUUUGUGGUUAAAAAAAUGGCCUCCCUGUAGCUGUGUCCGGCAGGGUCAGUCUCUCCCCCAACAAUAUCACUAUGUCUUUUAGUCCUCUGCUCCAGUCGGAUGGUGGGCUGUACCAAUGCAUUGUUUCUCAGGGGGGAGCACCCAUCAAAGGGGUUGGGUACCAACUGAAUGUAAAUUAUGGACCACUUCAAGCUGUUAUCAUCCAAUCUGGCAAAGGCCCAGUAGGUAAAGUCCUGUAUCUCCUGCCUGGAUCAAAGACAGCCCUUCAGUGUUCGGCCCUGUGCUACCCCACCUGUACCUACACCUGGAUAUACAAGGGGUGGCUGGCAGAGACGAACGCCGCCUCCUCCCUCACACCUGAGACAACCAUGGACGGAGGACCCCUCAGCUGUGUGGCUUACAACUCAGUGACCAAUGACAACAGCACUGCCAAUACCUCAGUUGUGUUACUUGAUGGACCAUCUAAUGUGACCAUCUCAGGACCAGGUGCCCUGGAGGUAGGAGUCAAGGCCAGUUUCAAGUGUAUUGCCCAGUGCUCUCCCUCUUGCAGCUACACCUGGAGUGGUCCUGGACAGAAGAAUUGA